UUCGUAAUUGAAUUUAUGGCUUACUUUACGACGUACUGUUUAUCUUAUGGCAGGUUAUCUCCUUGACAGGUGGUUAUAUUCAGCGACAACUUGAAUUUACUACGUUUGUUUUGUGGUAGUGAUCAAGACAGAAAAUGUGGACACUCCUUGUUUUACUAGUGCAAGUAGGAUUUAUCCUAUGCAAAUCGAGCGAAAGUUCUGGUAGCUCGAGUUCGGAGGAAGAUCACAUCUCGAUACCCCCUCCACAUGUCACAACGCAGCACGGAACAAUAAAGGGACUGGCCGACAAAACUUAUAAGGGCGAAACCUUUUAUUCCUUUAAAGGAAUUCGAUACGUGGAAGCACCCGUUGGCGACCUACGAUUUAAGGCCCCCGUACCUGUGAAGCCAUGGACGGGUGUGUACGACGCCAGUUACGAUAGACCCGCCUGCCCGCAACCGGCGUCGUUUCCAACCGACGAGGAUUGUCUCUUCCUGAACGUCCACACGAGGAAGCUUCCAAAAAGGGGAAAGAACCCCAAGUAUCCGGUUAUACUGUACAUACACCCUGGAAGUUUCACCACGCGUUCCGGUAACACCGCCAUGGUGGGACCGCAUUAUUUGCUAGAGAGAAAAGUUGUUUUGGUCACAAUAAAUUAUAGGUUAUCCGCACUAGGGUUUUUGAGUACUGGAGAUGAGCUGUCACCUGGUAACUACGGAAUGAAGGAUCAAGUGGAGGCCAUGCGAUGGAUAAAGGAGAACAUUGCGGCGUUCGGAGGCGAUCCCGAUUGUGUUACGCUGGCAGGUUACAGCGUUGGAGGGGUCAGCGCAGCCCUCCAUCUAACGUCGCCAAUGUCGCGAGGUCUGUUUCACCGGGUUAUGAUAAUGAGCGGUUCCGCAUUCGGAAACGGAAUUAUGCCCCGCGACCAACUCGACUUGGCUAAAAGGCAGGCGCGUAUAGUUGGAUGUCCCGAUGAUAAUAAUGGGGACAUGAUGAAAUGUCUUAAGAAUGCUUCGGCUGAAGCUUUAGGAAACUCGCUGGAGCAGUUUCGGGUGUUCGGUACCGAUCCCCAGUUCUUCUGGCAGUUUGUGUUAGAGCCAGAUUAUGGACAAGAAAGGUUUCUCAUAGAACACCCAUUGAUUUCCAUACAGAAGGGGGACAUUGCUGAUGUACCCAUCAUGACUGGGGUCACACACGAUGAGCUCCUCUUUCUGGCGUACCCUACUGUAACCAAUGAGACUGCUCUUGAGGUGUUCAACCGGGACGCCAAUAAAAUCUUCCCUUACUCUUUUUACUACGAGAGGGGAUCGGAUGCAAUAACUGCCGAGCUCCAAAAGUUCUACUUUAACAAUAAACCCGUCAGCUCAAAUUCGUUGGAGCCGCUAGGCCAGUUGUACGCUGACGCGCUCGCCGGAUUUGCAGUAAACCGAGGCGCUCAGUUACUGUCGAAAGUGCUCAAAAACAAGGUUUACUACUACAUAUUUACCUACAAGGGAAGUUAUAGCCAUUUCACUCCGGAGAGUGGCGCUAAAUAUGUGGUGCACUUCGACGAUCAACUUUACGUGUUCUGGAACUCGCUUAGCUUUCCAAAGUUCACCAAACGCGAUCCGGAUGCUACCAUGGUAAAGAAACUGACCACUUUGUACGCCAAUUUCGCGUAUUACGGAAAUCCCACGCCCAAGGAAAGCAAGAAACUGGAUCAGGUCAUAUGGACACCAUUUACAGAGCAGAAUAAGUUGUAUCUGGACGUUGGCGAUCGGUUGACGAUGAAAUCGGAUAUUUUCCCCGAGAGAUACGCGAAGUGGAGGGAGUUAUUCCCGUUACCAAGUGCUAACGACAGAACCGCUGUUGCAUAAUCUUGCUACUCUUAAGUAAUGAAAUGUUUGCUAGCAUCAUUAUUCGUAUUUUUUUAAAGUAAAUGUGAAUAAAUAAAUUGUUCUCUCAUCU